UUCCUGUGCGGUCGUUUGCACUGAAAAUGGCCGGAGAUGGCGGCGCUCUGAAGGAUAUCAAUGAGAUUAAAUCCCAGUUCCGGACCAGAGAGGGCUUCUACAAGCUGCUCACCCUCUCCGACUCGCAGCAGCGGGGCGGCCUGCCGCGGGGCCCGACCGCCGGAGCCACGCUGGGGCCCGGCGCAGGACCCGGACCGAUCCCCGGCGCAGGGGUCGGGCUGCUGCAGGGGCCCGGGGCCGCCUCAGCCUCGUCCUCCUCCAAUGCGGCGGCCAACUCCUCCCCGGCGGGCUUCCUGCCGCCUGUCCGGGUCUCCAUGGUGAAGCUGCAGCCCGAAGACCCGAGCGAGGAGUCGGAGCGGGUGUGCUUCAACAUCGGCAGGGAGCUGUAUUUCUACACCUACACCAACAUCAAGAAGGCCGUGGACCUCAGUAAACCCAUAGACAAGAGGAUCUACAAGGGGACCCAGCCGACGUGUCACGACUUCAACCAGUACUCGGCCACGGCGGAGAGCGUGGCGCUCAUCGUGGGCUUCUCCGCCGGCCAGGUCCAGUACCUCGACCCCAUCAAGAAGGAAACCAGUAAGCUCUUCAAUGAGGAGAGGCUGAUCGACAAAUCCAAGGUGACGUGCCUAAAAUGGCUGCCCAAGUCGGAGAACCUGUUCCUGGCCUCCCACGCCAGCGGUCACCUCUACCUGUACAACGUGGACCAUCCGUGCGGAACCACCGCUCCGCAGUACUCGCUGCUGCGGCAGGGCGAGGGCUUCGCCGUCUACGCCUGCAAGAGCAAGACGCCGCGCAACCCCCUGCUGCGGUGGGCCGUGGGCGAGGGCGGCCUGAACGAGUUCGCCUUCUCGCCGGACGGCGUUCACGUGGCGUGCGUGGGUCAGGACGGCUGCCUGCGCGUCUUCCACUUCGACUCGAUGGAGCUGCAGGGUGUGAUGAAGAGCUACUUCGGCGGGCUGCUCUGCGUUUCCUGGAGCCCCGACGGGAAGUACCUGGCCACUGGCGGCGAGGACGACCUGGUGACCGUCUGGUCGUUCGCCGAGAGCCGGGUGGUGGCACGCGGCCACGGCCACAAGUCAUGGGUCAACGUGGUGGCGUUCGACCCCUUCACCACUUCGCUGGAGGACGACGAGCCGAUGGAGCUCAGCGGCAGCGAGGAAGACCUCCACCAGGGGGCGCAGAAUAACUCCACGCACUUCGGCAGGGUGCGGACGAGCAGCACGCUGUCGCGCCUCUCGCGGCACAGCUCGAAAGGCGGCGGCUCGCCGUCCGUCACGUACCGGUUCGGCUCGGUGGGUCAGGACACGCAGUUCUGUCUGUGGGACCUGACAGACGACGUACUGUACCCCCGCCUGCCCCUGUCCCGCGCCUUCACCAACACCUUCGGCCCUUCGCUGCCCAACUCUGGCAGCGGCGGGGUCAACAGCAGCUCUGGCGGCGGCGGCGGGAUCGGAGGCGUGGAGGGGCACCAUCACCCACCGGGCGCCAACACCACUAGCGCCAACCCGCCGACGCUUCCCCUGCCGCUGCCCCGCUCCCUGUCCCGCUCCAACUCCCUGCCCCACCCGGCGGUGGCGAAUGCCUCCAAGGGUCCGGGGGCCUCCGAGGGCGGCGGAGGCGGAGGCGGAGGUGGGGGCAGCGGCGGCGGGGGCAACAUCGCCCCCUUCAGCAUCGGCCGCUUCGCCACGUUGUCCCUGCAGGAGCGCAAGUCGGACAAGUCCGGGAGCGGCAGCGUGGAGAAGGAGCACAAGCGCUACCACAGCUUGGGCAACAUCAGCAAGAGCAACGACAAGAUCAACGUUGCCCCCCGCAGCAACCGGCUGGACGGCGCCAAGGUGCUGGGCACGACGCUUUGCCCCCGCAUGCACGAAGUACCACUGCUGGAGCCGCUGGUCUGCAAGAAGAUCGCACACGAGAGGCUGACCGUCCUGGUGUUCAUGGACGACUGCAUCAUCACGGCCUGCCAGGAGGGCCUGAUCUGCACCUGGGCGCGGCCGGGGAAGGCGAACCUGACAGCACAGAACGGAAACUCUCCGAGUGGAACGGUCGUAUAGCUGGAGGAGAAGCUUUGCACUCAUCCCUCCUCUUCAGUUUUCUGUUCGACGCCACCUUCCUCUUCUUAAACCUUCUUUUGGGGCCAACGACCAGAACCAAACCCUCAGCGUCUCUGAUCGCUGAAACUCUGAGGCGGAAAUUAAGCCCGAAACUCUGACCCUGACUCCUGGACUUUCUCUGGAGGAAAAUCUCAUAUUUAUUUCCGUUUUAUGCAAAACUUAAGAGUCGGUGUUAGAGAAACGGGGUUAUGCAGAAUAGUUUUGAGCUGCUAGUAUCUUACCUGCAGCAGACGGGAGUCAGAAAGAUUUCAGAUGAAACUCUGAGAACAGGAACCAUCUAGGAAUUCUGACUGAAAUCCUUUAAAAGGCCUAAAUUUAUGUUUAAAAUGUGCUUAAAACUUUAACUUUUUACUUAAAGUUUGAUCUGUAGAAGUCUGCAACCUUUCAGACGUAAAGUUUUAUUUCAAGUUUUAUUCCUGGAGGAACCCGUUUGUUAUUACCAAGUAUGCAGAGAGCAUCUUCCAGAUGAGAUUUCCCCUGAUUGUUCAAACACUGAUCACCCUGACUGCUGCAUACUGCAGGUUAGAUACUGACUGCUAACACAGAUGGCAGAAAAAGAAAGUACACCCUCUUUAACUAUUUAAAUCCAACCUCAGGAGGGGAGAAACACAUCAGGUUCAACACUGUCAUUAUUUAUUACACAAAGGCGAAUCCUAAAUAUACAAUCCGUGUGAUGAAAAAGUAAGUACACCCUUCGUUUACCGGGGCUUCAGCCUGGUGCUGCUUAUCAAGUCCAGAGAAGCAAUGGAGCAGUGGAAAACAUUUUAAUCAGCUGUAAUGUCACUUCAAAUUCAAACCCCACAACGCACAGAAACCCCAAAUCUCCAACUCAACCCCUACGGGCUGCAGUUAGCAUGCUAAAGGUCAAAGUUCAUAACUGGAUGGCUCUAGAGUCUCUUGUCCCUGAAACGAAAUCUCAGAAUGAGUUAAGUUUGCCAAACUGCAUCUGACUGAACCAAAAGAUUUCUGGAAUAACGACUUUUACAAAAAAGCAAUUUACUGAAAGAACAACACAGUCAGAGCAGUAAAUAAGUCAAAACUGUACAGAAAGUAAAAGCAUUUUGGAUCUAAGAUAAAAAAUUUAAAAAACAUCCAAAAAAUAUUGAACAGAUUUUUUUCAAGAGUUUUUUUUUUUAGCUGCAGAUUCAUCCUUUGUUAAAAGUAACAAUUUAAAGAAUUCUGCUAUUGCAAUUUAGGCACCAAAAUUUUUAUUUUCUGAUUUGCAUUUUAAUGUAUUUCUGAUAUUGUAUAAAAUAAUCUUUGGUGGUUCAUAAAAAAUCUGCAGAAUGUGCCAAUUUUUUAAAAUCUAAUUAAUCGCUGAAUCGUCAAAAUAAUUGUUUUUUAAAAUAAUCGUUGGUUUCAGCUGAAUUUCAACGGAAUAAUGCUGAAUAUGAAGCAUGGUGGUGGAGGAGUGGUGCUCUGGGCUCCAGUUCUGCUGAAACAAAUCUCAAAGUUUCUCCACUGUGGUCGGAUGAAGUUAGGUCAAGGGGUGUACUUAGUUUUUCCACACACAGUUUUUCUAUUUUAGUUUGCGCUCUGCUUAAGUUUGGAUGUUCUCCCGGUGCAACCGAGCAUUCUCUCUGGGAACUCCGCCUUCCUCUCCACAAACAAAACAAAAAUCUGGAGAUUUAAAAGAGGGUGUACUUUCUUUUUUCUUCAUGCUUUCAAUGAGAAACAGCUUCGGAUCAUUUUCUUUCUGGGUUUUUAUAUUUCUCUCCUCCAUCUUUGUUUCCGAUUGAGCGUUUCUCGUUUUGGUUGAGCUGGAUUUAAAUGCUGCAGCGUUCAGGACGAGUUCUCCGCCUUCUUCCCGCUCCUCUUCCUCAGCAAAGCCUCGGCUUCAUCAUGCAACAGAGCCACGGUUGUUUCGUUUAUUUAUUUAUACACAUGACUGCGUAGUAAUUUAUACUGUAAAUAUUAAAAGCUCUAUAAACGCAAACGGGAGAGAAUGACUCUGCAGCGACGGAGGAGAAAAAAAAGCAAAGAUUAUUAAUAUAUGAAGAAGCUUCUAUUGUACAUAAACUGUCUGCUGUUUAGGGAGCCUGAAAAUGUCAGUGUUUUUAUUUGGUGUUUUUGUCGGAGCGGUCCGGGUUCAUCCUGCACGCGCACACGCACACACACACACACACACAACACACACGAGCCCGUUACGGUGUAGCAUCACUGUCACCUGAACUGCCUCUUGCAACAUUUUGCACAUCCAAUAAAUCCACAGUUCACAGCUGCGAGCGUUGGGGGUGGGGGGGGGGGAAGUUGCUUUGAAGAAGAAAAAAAGAAACCUUUAAAUCUGAAUCACUUCUGCAGUUUAGAAGCCUUAAAGGGAGCCGGCCAGAGUCAUAAGCAAAAUAUGCCACAGCUUAGCAGCUCCACACUGAAGAAACAGAAAAUAUUUCCAACUAUUUUUGGUGUAGUUUCUAGUCCAAAUAUCUUAAAUAAGACAAAACUUACAAGUAACGUUUCAGCAACAUAUAGUAGUCAAUUAUUACUUGCAAUAUGUAACUUCUACUUUAAAAAUGUUUUGAUUUUCACAUUUUUGUUGAAACUUUCACCAUGUCAGUUUAUGAGAUAAAUAUGUGAAAAAAAUCAAGCUCCUCUGCCUUCGCCCAGUGCUUGCUAGAAACAACCAAUCAGAGUCAGGAGGCGGGUCUUAGUGCUGUCAGUCAUGCUUGUGUGCGUCUCUGCUACCCUGAGCUAGCAGAUUGUGUUGUCAAUGCUAAUGCUAGUUAGUAUAGCCACUGAUGACACCAGAUAAAUAGUUUUCCUGUAGUGAUACGUUGUUUCUCUGCCGUUAGCACAUUUAGCAAUGAGUACAUGAGGUUGAUUGACAGCGUUAACACCCUCCUGCUGGCUCUGAUUGGUUGUUUUUGGUGGUUUUCUUCAGACCCCAAUAGCAUCUCGGAGGAGGUGGAGGUAUAGACCUUUUCACAGAUUGUCUGAUAUCAACCUGUUACGAUAUGGUGACAGUUUUAGCAAAUAUGUAAAAAAUAUUAAAUUUUUGCAAAAGUUACACACUGCAGCUUUAAUAUUGAUGAAAAUAUGAAAGUUUAUUGUUGAGCAGGCAAAAUUAAAUAAAUAAAUAAAUAAAUUACAGUGAACUAAUUUAUUUGUUUUAAAUUUAGUGAAUUUUGUGGUCUGCCAGCAGUUUAAAUUUGACAGUUUUGGCCUCAAGAGUUUGGACACAAAGAUUUAUAACAUGGAAAAAAAAUGUAUGGAGGUAUUUUAGGUGCAAAAGUAUUUAUGAAGUUAAAGUUGCAGAGAAAAAUUUUCUAGGGAUUUUGUAAUUGUAUAUUUUUUUCCCCGUGUUUCACAAAUACAAAACAGCAAUUACAGAUUUGUUUUGGAUCAUUUGGUGUAAAAGGAAGUGUAAUAUUUUUUUUAAAGUGUAACUUAAAAAAUACAACUAGCAUCUUGUAUUGAAGUAUUUGAAGAGGCAUAACAGAUGCUUUGUUUUUGUGAAAGACUGAAAAAAUCUACAAUUACAAAACUUAUAUUGGAUUUUUUUUUUUUUUCUCUCUGCCACUUCAACUUCUCAGUUACAAGGCACAAUUACUUUGGCACCAAAAAUACUUUUAUACACUUUUCCUCAGGUUAUAGGUAAAAUAUUGCUUACAGUAUUAAGGGAUUGUUGAUUUAAAACAAGCUCCUAUUUGCUGAAAAGCUACUUGUAAGUUAGCUUUGUCUUAUUUCUAGCGAAGGAAGACGUUCACUGUAAAAACUACAACAAAAUACUUGGUAAGAUUUUGUGUUAUUGCAGUGUUUGACCACCAGGGGGCAAUCAGGAGCACUUGAAUCAGGGUUCCCAUAGGAACUCUGGGAAACUGGAAUUUGAUUCCGGUAUUUUCCAGGUUUGGAUAAAUUUGAGAAAAUAAAACAGGAAUUUGCAGAUAUAUUUAAAUUUUCAGACUUUAUUCCUUUAAAUCCCUCUCCCUCCUCCUUUCGCCUUUCCUCAAUCCAUCCCUCCUUUACGUCUUCCCUCAUUUCAUUUCUUCUCUUUUUUUCUUCCUUCCUUAUGUCCUUUCUUCUUUCCUCCAUUCCUUGUUUCCGUUUGUCCUUCCUUCCUUUCCUUGGUGCCAUUAUGUAACAAAUAAAGUCACAAAGUAGGAAAUGAAUCAGAGUCAAAGAUUUGUGUAGAAUUUAAAAGAAGCCCAAAUAUUAUCAAAUUAGUCACUUUAAAUAUAAUAAAUCAUACUUUUUUUCAGUUAUAAAAUGUAAAAGAUCUAUUUAAACGGUGAAAGAAAAUAAAUCAUCAGAUUGAAAGUUGAAUAUUAUUUUAAAUUAUGAUUAAAUGCAUCAGAUUUGAAGUUUCUGCUGCUUGUGUCUGAGCUGGGAUCACAUUUAGUGAACGAUGCCGCCGUCUGCAAAUAAACUAAACAAAUCUUUUAGUUUUACAUUUUCCGCUUGUACAUAGAAGAACAAACACAAACCCUGGAAAAUUAAGUUGUACCCUUCUAAGGCUGGUUUAUGUGAAAUGUUAGUUAUUUAUCAAACAUGUUUAGUCCCAUCAUAUUACAGCUCAUGUCAAACAACCAAGCAGACAUUACAGAGAUUUAUGUUCAGACAGCAGGCAAGUAAAACACAAGUCAGAUGUUUUUCACAGCAGUCUGAACAGCCAGUUCUACGACGACGUAUUAGGGCCAGAGUAAAUGGGAAAAAAAGUUGUACAUUUUUGCAAACAUUUUGCAGAAAAAACAAGGAACUUUCUGAUCUCCGAAAAUCAAAAAGGUUCCAGAAAAAAAAACUCUGAAAUUUUGAGAAAGAAUUUGAAAGUUUUUAAGUUUGAAAACAUGAAAAUUUGCUUGGAAAAAAUCUUGGAAAUUUCUGAGUUUGAAAAAAACUAAUAAAAAUUCUAGAAAAAAAAUGCAGAGGUUUUUAGAUUAACGUCAGAACAUUUCUGGGAAAAACUUGAAAAUUUCAGAAUUGGAAAAAGUUUUGAUUUCUAGAAAAAUCUGAGAUUUAGCUCAGACAUUUUUGAGGAAAAAAAAAGAAAUUUUUAAAAUGGUGAAAAUAUGAUUUUAAAAAACAAACACCCCUUUUUUCUCUAUGACAGCCAAAAUAAACCAAAUUAUUGCUGUUUUUUGUUUUUUUACUGUGUAACUUUACAAACAGCAGCCCACAAAAUGGUCGGAUUCUCGGUUAAUUUGUGAUUCUGGGUUAAUUUGUGCGUUUUUCACGUUUAUUGUCAAAGCAUGUCCUCCGAGCUCGGCUUAGGACUGGAUCGUGGUUCUGGAGUGAGUUUCAAAUCAACGCCUUUUCACAUCAUUAAAGGCAAACGGCAUCCGUGGGUUUCUGCUAUCUGUGCAGUUUUUCUUUUAAAACACAAACACUGUCAGAAUAAACUGGAUUAUCUCGUC